AUUUAUUUUAUCAAUGACAAACUCCAAAGAAACAGACCCUGCCACUGAAUUGGCAUUGCAACUACUGAAUGCUUCCCUUGAUGACAAUUCCACAAUGGACAUGUUUGAAUGUCAAAAUGACUUGCCAAUAGAGCGCACUCUUAAAGAUCGAUGGCUACACUCUACACCCGAAGAUAUUGCUUAUUUCAAGGACCUUCUUGAAAAACGAAUGAAACAAGGGCGGGGAGAAACUCUCCUGGAGCUUGGUGUGGAGGAGGAUGGUGCUCCUAUGGGACUGACUCUCCAAGAAUAUGGUGUCUGUAAAGCAACCUUGGGAGUCAUAGUUAAGGAUCUCGAUGCCGCUUACUGCGAAUUGGAUGAAGACCCAGAGGCUCCGAAUGCAUGUAAUGGAGAAAUUACUCAUAUCAUGAUUCGAAAGAAACCUGCAUCAGUCGAAGACCUCCUAGAAAUUCGGAUAGCGGUUGUCGGAAAUGUGGAUGCUGGCAAGUCGACACUUUUGGGAGUGCUUACAAAAGGAUUACUGGAUGAUGGAAGAGGAAAAGCACGGUUAAACCUGUUCAGACACAAGCAUGAGAUCGACUCUGGCCGAACUUCUAGUGUGGGAGCUGAAAUAAUGGGAUUCGAUGCAAACUCUCAACCGAUUGUUCAACCUAACCAUGCGGGGCGGCGGUUAACAUGGGAAGAAGUCUGUCAGAGAUCAGCGAAAGUAUUGAGUUUUGUGGAUCUAGCUGGCCACGAAAAAUAUCUCAAGACAACCGUAUUUGGUAUGACAGGAAAUGCACCGGAAUUUGCAAUGCUCAUGGUUGGAGCAAACUCUGGCCUUGUUGGCAUGACCAAAGAACAUCUUGGAUUAGCUCUUUCAUUAACAAUUCCCGUAUUCGUUGUUAUUACAAAAAUUGAUCGAUGUCCUGAAAAUGUCUUACGGAGUACCGUCCAGGAUCUGGUUAAGAUCCUCAAAGGAAAAUCAUGUCGCAAGAUCCCUCUCUUUGUGGAAUCCAAAGAUGAUGUAGUAAUGACCGCACAACAUUUUGUUACUAAGCGUCUCUGCCCUGUCUUUAAGAUCAGCAAUGUGACGGGCGAAGGUCUUGAUCUUUUGCGCAGCUUUCUAAACAUAUUGCCGUCUUUUGCUCAUUAUGACACAGAACAGCCAUUCCAGGCCGAAAUUAAUGAGACCUAUUCAGUACCGUUUGUGGGCACAGUAGUCAGCUGUAUUGUUAUGAGUGGAGUGAUCCAUGUUGGUGAUAAAUUAUUAGUGGGUCCCAACUAUGCUGGCCAAUUUGUUCCGACUGUAAUAAAAGGAAUACAUCGUAAAAGAGUAUCUGUGCCGAUUGCCAAAGCAGGCCAGAGUGUAACAUUUGCACUUAAGCACGUACGGAGAAGUGGAUUACGAAAGGGUAUGGUGCUACUGACGCAUGAAAAGGAUCAACCAAUGCCGAAAGCAUCGAGACGCUUUGAGGCUGAGAUACUCAUCUUGUACCACUCAACUACCAUCAAACAACGUUACCAAGCUAUGGUUCACUGUGGAGCUGUACGACAGACAGCCAGUAUAGUAGCAAUGGAGCAGCAAGUGCUGCGGACAGGAGACCGUGCAACAGUGCAAUUUGAGUUUGUCAAGCACCCUGAGUACCUGACCAAGGGUGCACGCCUAAUAUUUCGCGAGGGGCGCACCAAGGGUGUUGGUCAAGUCACUCAAUUAUUGGAUUCGUAAACAAAUUAGUUUUAUUAUCAGAUGAAUGUUAUAAUACGAUAUACAUGUGCUUUAUAUAUGUAAAUACAUUAAUAUACUAUUAUUAUUAUCAUACUUUUUAAUAUAUAUAUAUAAUAUAUUCAUUGACAG